AUGGAGAGAGACGGGGCUUGGCUUGCCAACGGCGACUACGCACAGUCUGUCCGCUCCCUCUGCUUCUCAGACCCCCGACUGCGGCAGAGGGACCCGAAGGCGCAGACCCAGCGCGUCCCCUUCACAGACGACGGCGUGCGUGUCGUCAAACUCGGCCUCAAGGACGGCGCCUUCGCCAGGGAGGCCGAGUUCGACGACCCGGCCGCCCUGGAUGCGCACCUCCACGCCGCCGCGUCACCGGCCGCCACCGCCGCCCGGCGGAGCAUCUACGUCGUCGAGGGUCUCGGCCCGGGGUUCGCGGGCGUGCUCGGCUCGCGCUUCGGGCUGCACCCGUCCCUUUUCGUCGAGCACGAGCGCGUCGUCGUACACAACCUCAACGGCGCGGGGGAGAGCGACGGCGUGCAGCUGCCGUCGGUCGUGCGGGGCCGGGGCCAUCUCGAGAUGAAGUACUACGAGGUCGUGGAGUUCGACAGAAAGCCGACGAGCUUCCGCUGGGUGUGUGCCGCCACGGGGAGACAUAUCGGGGUGUCGCGGGACUUCCGGUGGGAUAACUCGCCCGACGAGGUGGCGAAUUACUUGAACGUCGGCGUCGUCAGGAGGAAGUGCGGCGUGUGGUCAAGGAGGACGGAAGGAGGCGGCUGGGAUUGCCUCGUUCUCUGCGAUCCUCCAGUCAAGAGCGUCCGGACAGGAGUUGAUUACAAGAUCGAGUAUCCCGUCAAGACGCGCGCCUACCAGGGCGGCUAUCUCGACUUCGUUCCCGAGGAGGAGCAGAUGCGCGUCGCCCGAGAGGGCCGCUAUCGCGGACCCCCGCGGGCCUCGAUGCUCGAGGACCUCUCCUUCUACCUCGAGACUCACUCGGGCCUCGUGGACAUCGCGGAGCCGGAUGCGGCCGUCGGCGUCUUCGUCAAGAAGAUUGUCGCGUCGCACUUCCUCAAGCAGACAGAGCACCUGCGCGCGACGCUCUCGGCGGUGCAGCGCGGGCUCACGCGCAAGCAGGACCUCGCGAAAAUGCCCAUGGCCAAGGUCGAGGCCCUCUGGAGCGACAUGCAGGGGUGGGAGCGGCGGACGGGGGAGUACCUCGAGGACCUCGAGGGCAUCAUGCUCCAGCUCGGUAUCCCGCUCUCGAACCCGGCGCCGGUGGCGGACGUGGCAGAUGCGGCAGCGAACGCGGCGUGGCGAGACUGCGCGGCCGAUUUCCAGUUCCUCCACCUCCGGUUCCGGGAGCUGCGGCACCGCACCGAGACGCUCAACGCGGCGGUGACGGGGCUCGCGGGCAUCACGGGCAACAGGCAGGCGUACAAGGAGCAGCAGCGGAGCAUCCGCGAGGCCAAGAGCACCAAGGCGGUGACGUUGCUGGGGCUCGUCUUCAUCCCGCUCGCGUACACGAGCUCGCUCUUCGGCAUGGAGGUGCCGUACGGGCCGGGCGGCGAGUUCUUCUGGAUCUACUUCGUCACGUCGGCGCCGCUGAUCCUGGUGGUGCUACUGGGGUACUAUGUGCUGGAUUUCGGGUACGACGACGACGGCAGGGCUUGGUCUGUGGUGACGUUUAACAAGUCGGUAGAUGAGAGGCUGGGCUGGUUUAAGCGGCACAAUACCGAGAAGAGGUUGUUUGGGUGA